CCGGGGAUGCUGUCCGGAUCGGGAGCCCGGGCUGGGUGGAGGCCUCUCCUCCUGGUCGUCCCGUUCCUCCUGGUACCGGAGCCCAGCCUCUCGUGCCCGUCCUCCUGCCGCUGCUGGCCCGGUAACCGGACGGUGAGCUGUUGGGGCCGGGGCCUGGAGUCGGUGCCGGCGGGGAUCCCGGGGGGGACCCGGGUACUCGACCUGAGCAGGAACCAGAUCCGGAGGCUCGAGUGGCCGCGGGGGACCGGGCCGAUGCGGCGGCGGCUGGAGGAGCUGGACCUGAGCGGGAACCUGGUGUCGGAGCUGCCCGGGGGAGAGGAGGCCGAGGUCGAGGAUGGGGCCUUGUCCGGACUCGGGCAGCUCCGCCGCCUCCGCCUCAGCCACAACCGCCUGCGGUACCUGUCCCCGGGGGCCCUGGGCCGCCUGCCCGCUCUCGAGAGCCUGGAACUCGGUUCCAACCCGCUGCCGGCGCUGCUCGAUCUCACCUUCCGGGGCCUGCGCCGCCUCGGCCGCCUGGAGGUGGGAGGCCCACAGCUCGGUUACCUGGGCCCGCGGCUUUGGGAAGGCCUACCCGCCCUCCGCCUGCUCACCAUCACCGGCGGCUCCCUCCCCGCUGCCCCGUCCGCCCUCUCCCUGCAGCCGCUCGCCAACCUCAGCGCCCUCCGCCUGAUCGGCCUCGCCCGGGUCCACCACCUCCCCACCGGCACCUUCGGGCACCUGACCGCCCUUCGCCUCCUGGAGCUGGACGGCUGGACGUCGCUGUCCGAGCUGGAGGAAGGCAGCCUCCAGGGCCCCGAGCUGCUGCUGCGCCUGACGCUCACUCGCUGUAACUUGAGCUCGGUGCCGUACCUGGGCCUGCGAUCCCAACCUGCCUUACGUUGGCUGGACCUCUCCCACAAUCCCAUUCGAGUUAUCCGCGGAGCUAUGCUGCGCCAUGUGACCCGCCUGGAAGAGCUGCGAUUGGUCGGCGCCGCAUUGAUCGCCGUCCAACCGGAGGCCUUCCGCGGGCUCCUCUACUUCCGGCUGCUCGACGUCACGUCCAAUCAACUCCGCAGCCUGCCCGAGACGGCCUUCCGGUCGGCGGCCGGCCUCCACAGCCUGGGCCUGGGCGAUAACCCGCUCGCCUGUGAUUGCCGCCUGCACUGGGUGGUCCGCCGCCGACGACGCCUCCGCUUCCUGGGCCCAGCGCCCACCUGCCAGACCCCCGAGGCUCAUCGCGGCCUUCGCCUUGACGGCCCGCCGCCGCCCGGCUCCUUCCUCUGUAGCCGGCCCCGCAUCCGCGACAAGCGGCCCCAGCGCCUCUCGGUCCGCGAAGGCCGGCCCGUUACCUUCCGUUGCUCAGCCGACGGCAACCCACCCCCCGACAUCCUCUGGCUCAACCCCCGUCGCCAGCGGCUGGGCGCCCCUACCCCCGGGCCCUUCCCGCUGUCCGGCCCUGCGCUGGGUCGUAGCCGCCUGCUGCCCGACGGCAGCCUGGAGAUCGCCUCGGUCCGUCAGCAGGAUGCCGGCAUUUACCGCUGCGUGGCCCGCAACGCCGGCGGGAACGACACGGCGUCGGCCACGCUGCGGGUGAGGCCGCUGUCGCCGCAUGAGCUCGGCGCCCUCCGGCCGGUGGGGACAGGAGGAGUCGUGCGGCCCGGUUACCCGUUCGACACCCAGACCCUGCUGGUGGCCACCACCAUGGGCUUCGCCUCCUUCUUCAGCGUGGUGACGGUCUGCUUCUCGCUGCUGUUCGCCUGGAGCCGGGCCAAAGGCCCUAUUAAACACAACAACAUCCAGGUGGACUUCGUGCCGCAUGGGGGCGGUGGCGGCGGAGAGGGAGACGACGCCAAGUUCAACAUGAAGAUGGUGUGAGGGCGGGGCUCUGCGUCAUCACGUUUACCCCGCCCACUCAUUAUCAAUAUACGUCAUCAUUUAUGCGGGGCUGCGUCACCGGGACCGACUCUGACGUCGUGCACGAAGUAUCAUUCUAACGCAAUAAAAAGGAUGUUCUGGUG